AAUUAUUUAGUUUAAAAAAAUAUAUUCUUCGCUCAAUAAAUAGUAGUGGGUUAUCACAUUCAGUUGGUGAAAAGAUAAUUCUACGUUGUGUUUCCAUUCAAAAAGGAAGUGAACUAUCUUUAAUUUAGGUGUGCUUUCUAAUUUCAGUGUUUAUUUACUUGUUAUUGUUAAACUCUGGUUAACAUAUUUUUUUAUCAGCAUACGAUGGCAUCAGAAAAAGAGGACGAUCGUCUUACUGUGCCAGAUGGUUGGAAAGACAAACCAUUUUCAAAAGACGAUAACCCAAGAGGAUUAUUAGCAGGUACAGUUAAAAAUUAGGCUUAGGCUUAGGGCUUUUAAUUUUACAAAACUAAUUUUAGUUAGUAGCCUCAGCUUAGGCCUAGUUACCCCUUGUAAAUUUUAGUUUUAGGUUGACACCUGACUCCUGCCCUACUCUAAAAAGUAAUAACAGUUACAGUGACUGUCAGUACAGCUACUAUCCUACACACUACUGACUCCCUACCCAAGGCCUAGUUAGACUAAGACUAAUAUCAAUGCGGUAAUCUUGCAGUACAGGUGCGUAGAUUAUUUCUGAUCGAAUUUCGUAUUAUCUUGUGUAAACUUACAUGUAUUCUGUAUUCUUUAUAAAAUUUAGUCCAGACAGUAUUUGUCAACACUAAUUAGUACAUAGUUAUUAAUACCCUUUUCUAGUGAAUUAACAAUGUGCUUAGAAUGGAACAUAAUGUAGCACAUUGUUAUUGUUAAUUCACUAGAAAUAUUGCUUAAUAGUCUUUAUUAUUAUUGGUACCAAAAAUGCCAGACUAGGUUGGCUGCCGUCUUCCUAUUUUGGUGGGUUGAGUUUUUCUUUACCCAGGGUUCACUUUUCCCAAAGAAGAGCUCCCUUUCUGGGCUGAUGACUUCAUUCCACCCAGCUAUCUGUUCAUAAAUGGGAUGAUUUUAAACAUUUUGUUAUGAUUCAUGAUGCAGACAUAUUUUUUUUUUAUUAAUAGAAACCAAAGUACCGGUACUCCAUAAUAAAGUCUAAUAUUUUGUUUCCUGAUUACAGAUUUUAUUUGUAUGUUAUGCAAAGUAUAAAGUCAUCUAAAUACAAUUACUUUAUUUGAAAAAGUCAUUGGCACAACUGAAUAAACAUAAUAAUAUAUUUGUUUCUUAAAUUUCACCUGUCAUUAAAUAAUUAUGUUUCAAUCAUUUAAUGGUUUCUCAUUUCAGAAAGUUCCUUCUCUGUUUUGUUUCCAAAAUAUCGAGAGAGCUAUUUAUCCAAAGUGUGGCCUUUAGUGAAAGAAGUCCUCAGUGAACAUGGCAUUGAACCAGAGAUGGACCUAAUCAAAGGCAGUCUUAGUGUAAAAACCACAAGGAAGACGUAUGAUCCUUACAUUAUCAUCAAAGCCAGAGACUUAAUUACGCUCCUUGCUCGUAGCGUUGAUCUUGAACAGGCCAAAAAGAUUCUUGAUGAUGAUGUUGCUUGUGAUAUCAUCAAAAUAGGUUCCAUGGUGUCUAAAAAGGAAAGGUUUGUGAAAAGAAGGAAGCGGCUUAUUGGUCCAGGAGGUACAACGUUGAAAGCCAUUGAAUGUCUGACUGACUGUUAUGUUGCCGUACAGGGUAACACAGUGGCUGCUUUGGGGCCUCAUAAAGGCCUUAAAGAAGUUAGAAAAAUCGUCGAGGACUGUAUGAAAAAUAUUCACCCUUUUUUCACUAUUCGUACAAUAAUGGAAAAGCACGAUCUCGCCAAGAAUCCAGAGAUGCGAAAUGAAAACUGGGCACCAUAUUUGCCACAAUACAAGAGCAAGAAUAUUAACAAACGCAAGCAGCCUUUGAAAAAGAAGAUAAAGAAAGAGUACACACCAUUUCCUCCACCGCAGCCAGAGUCAAAGAUUGAUAAGGAGCUUGCUUCAGGGGAGUAUUUUCUUAAGGAGAAUGAACGAAGGCUGCGUAAGGCAGAACUAAAGAAACAAAAGCAGAAGCAGUCGAAACAGGACAGGCAGCAGAAGAGAGAUAAAUCAUUUAUAGCCCCCGAAGAAACUUCAGAACCAGCAAGGAAAAAGAUUAAACUUGAUACAAGUGCUAAAGUAGACUUAAGCAAGUUAAAAAAGAAAUUUAACAAAAUUUCAAAAAAAUUGUAAUGAAUUACCAUGAAAUAAUUAUGAACCGGUAAAAGAAAAAUUAACCUGCAUUGAAUAAUCAUUGAGUGGCUUAAAUUCCCUAAGUGCUGGUUGAGACUCCCAUAACUAGGUUUCAAAAUGUUUAGCAUUUUGGAUUACUGCUCAUGUCAAUGUGGUCAAGUUGAAAAUAAAAUUCAGUUGAAAUUGCUUUAUGUUCACUUUGUGGUUUCUUCUUGCUUGUUGUAGGAUGGUCAUACCAACAACACUAUUUUUUUAAUAUCUUACACUUACACUGCCCUCUCUUGUUGACAUCUUACACUAACACUGCCCUUUCUUGUUGAUUGACAUCUUACACUUACACUCUGCCCUCUCUUGUUUGACAUCUUACUCCUGUCUCCUUCCUUUUUAAACAAAUUUACUUCAUAAUUUUAUAGAUCAACUUAAAAACUUUUUCUUCUUAUUGCUCAUUUGUGGUACCAUAUAAAAUAUUACAAACUUUGUUUCCUUUUCUCACAUGUUUUCACCUAAGUUAAAUACAUAAACUGAUAUUUAUAGCUGAUCAAAUUAAUCAAAUAAGUAUUCAUUCAUUCAGUACUUACAUUACUGAAAAGAAAAACUUAAUAUUUUUCUAGUUCUAGGAUUAUUAACAUAGUUCUUGACUACUGAGUGCACUGUGCGUACUGUAUGGAGUGAGUUCUCUUUGUCAGCCUAGUCUUCGUAUAUAGUCGUCUAUAUAUAUAUAACCAAUAAUAUCAACAUGCAUCAUCUAUACCAUGUGCUCAUCUUGGUUUGUGUAGAGUUGAAGUAAAAGUUUACCUGUUUGUUCUCAUACGGUACCUUAGUUCCCAGUGGUGUAUUUAUGAAAAUGGAUCUACACUUAAUGUUCCGCCUUUUGAAUCAGUAAUUUUAGUCAUGUUCU